ACUUUUUUUUUUCUCCCUGUCCCUCUCACAAGGCGCUCUUUAAGCUCCGGUGUUGCCACACAGAGCAGCCAUUCAUCGGCUCUACAGUCAGCCACACACACUUCCAUGCUGAACCACUGGACAUCUAAAUUGAUUUAGCCGCUGUUGCUGUAAAGGAUUUCCAGCUGAAGGUGGAAAGCAUUUGGAGACUUUUACGCAACAGUAUGUCUUUGCCUAAGAAGAGUCAACAAUAACUGGGCUCCUUGACACCCCGGACAUUUACUUCAAACCAUUUAAUUACUCUGAGAAGUUAGUUCUGUGGCAAAGUUUUCAUUUGAGGAUUGUCCUAUAAUUUAACGAAAUUGAAAAGGAAAAAUGUCCGGCGAGGAGCACAGCCUGUCCGAGGCGGAGCUGAGUCCCGCAGGGUCAGACGAUGGUCACUCACUGUCACCGACUCAACCUGGAGCCCCGCCCGGCCAGGACUCACCUCUGACGGGGCCGCCGCAGCAGCUGACCGCGCUCUGUGUCGCGGACGGCAGCAGUGAUGAUGGAGGCAGACCCAGAGCCAAGUCUGAGGAAGAGGACGAUCGUUUCCCGAUCGGCAUAAGGGAGGCGGUCAGUCAGGUGCUGGACGGGUAUGACUGGACACUUGUGCCAAUGCCGGUGCGCGUAAACAACGGAAACAAAGCUAAACCCCAUGUCAAAAGGCCAAUGAACGCCUUCAUGGUGUGGGCGCAAGCAGCGAGGAGGAAACUCGCGGACCAGUACCCCCACCUGCACAACGCAGAGCUCAGCAAGACACUGGGCAAACUGUGGAGGCUACUGAAUGAGACCGACAAGAGGCCAUUCAUCGAGGAGGCAGAGAGGCUGAGAAAACAGCACAAGAAGGACUACCCGGAGUACAAGUACCAGCCCCGGAGACGCAAAAAUGGCAAACUGAUGCCUUCUAAUGAGUCAGAUAGCCAGGGGGAAGGGGAGGCCAGCCACUCCCAGUCACACUACAAGACUGUGCAUCUUGAGCACAAUGGCGGGGCUGGGUCUCCACUGGGUGACCUGCACCACCACCACCAUCAUCACCACCAUCCUGCUGGUCAGGGUCACAGCCCGCCAACUCCACCUACCACCCCAAAGACAGAGCUCCAGUCUGGGAAACUGUCAGAUGCCAAGAGGGAGGGGGGAGCAGGAGCGCCUGGAGGAUCAGGGGGGCCCAGGGGAGCCCUUGGGGUUGGAGCUGAAGGGUCAUCCGGUGGUCCCUCAUCUUCAAGUGCUAAACCCCACAUCGAUUUUGGCACCAUGGACAUCGGCGAGAUCAGCCAUGAGGUGAUGUCCAACAUCGAGCCAUUUGACGUGAACGAGUUUGACCAGUACCUCCCUCCAAAUGGUCACCCUCAGAGCGCGACUGGGGCUCCUGCAGCUGGAUCCUCAGCCUCGUCUUACGCCUACGCCCUGGCUGCUGCGAGCGGGCACUCCGCCUGGCUGUCCAAACAGCAACAACAGCCUCAGGCCUCCCCAUCUUCAUCCGACCCAUCCAAGGCUCAGAUCAAAAGUGAAUCUGUCUCCGGUACCCACUACGCCGAAGCCUCAUCCUCUCCCUCCUCAGGCACCCAUGUCACCUACACCCCACUCAGCCUGCCUCACUAUGGCUCCGCGUUUCCAUCGUUGGCCUCCAGAGCUCAGUUUGAGUACGGAGACCACCAGGCCCCCGGGGCAUACUAUGCCCACUCCAGCCAAGCCCCUGGGCUGUACUCAGCCUUCUCCUACAUGGGCCCUACACAGAGGCCUCUGUACACUACCAUAGGAGACCCCUCCAGCGUGGCGCCCUCUCACAGCCCAACUCACUGGGAGCAGCCUGUUUACACCACACUCACAAGACCUUGAGGGAGACCAGCUGAGCAGAAGGAAAUAUGGGAAGUGUGUGAGUGGAUCUGUGUGUGUGCAAAAUAUGUGAGUGUGAGCGCGCGUGUGUGUGUGUAUGCCCGUGCCAUAUUGAUGUUAUAUUAGAAGUUUUUACUUUUUUAGUCAGUUUAAUGCAAUGUGCAUCCAUGGGGCCUUAAACAGUUAAAGAAAAUACCCACACAGUAUAGAGUGUGAUUCCUGGGUCAUCAGCCAAUCAAAACCAGAAGAAAACUUAACAAACAUGUGCCAUCAAAAAUUUCGUAGGUUGGGACGUACAGGAAAGGGUGUAAAGAUAGACAAGUGAACGAGACGUUGAAAGUGGACAAAUGGUUUGAUGAGUGACUCCGAUUUGACCCAGAACUGCUGGGUUUAGACUGACAUAAUCAGAAUUUAUUAACCAAACUAAAGGUUGUUUGUGAUGUCUUUGUGUUAUUUUAUAUGAGUAGUAAGUUUAUUGUCAUUGUGGAUAUCCUAGGGUGUAACUUUAUUGUGUUUGAUUUGAUAUUACACAUCUACAUCUGCACCACUGCUUUUGGGGGGUGAAAAAAAGGCAUCUUUCGAUGAUCCCUGGGGUUGUUUUUUCAUGGCCAGAAAAGGAUAGCUGCAACUUUUCUUUCUCUGUAGAUAGCGCAGUCUCACUGUAUCACUGUCCUGCCUUUAUAUUAACUUUGCUGAACUGAUCAAUGAAGCAUUUAAGGGGAAAAAUAGGAAAAAGAGAGGGAAAGAGAGCUCUAAAAGAUGCAUUUCGACUUGUUGCUCAGUCUCGGACACUUACCUCAGCUCUGUUUGUUUUGUGCCAACAGCAAAGGAGAAAUAUGACUGGAUACAUGGGUGACUAAAGCAAAUUUCCACUUUUCUUUUUGAUUACUAAGUGCCUGAAAGAUUCCUGAUCCACCUUUAACAGAGUUCAAAUCUAUAAGUGCAAAGUCUCAACCAAAUCUCUCAAGAUAAUUGGCCAGCUUGGGUCCUGCUUAAGGAUUAGAAUCACAUGUACGGCCGUUCUGCUCCGCAUGUGGGCCAAAGCCACGCUUUUGUUUUUACACUUUCUUCCUAUGUUGCGCCCUCUUCCCCCUUUUACCAAUGUGAAUAAUGGUCAUUACCACAGCUUCACCUUUAUUACGUGACACAUACUUUAUCAUUUUAUACUGACCCUUUUCUCAUGUAGUUGAUAUUUUUAUGUAAGUAAUAAUGCAUCGUGUCACACCUUUGCUUCUUCCAUUUUGUAUAAUUCUGGAUAGUUUUGUAAAGUGUUUGCUAUACAUUCACUUGAGUAUUUUGCUUCCUUACCAGAAAAGCAAUGUUGAAAUAUUAUUGUUGUCAUCUAUUAAAUCAAUUUAUUUAUAAAAAAAAAAAAAAA